AGAGGCGGCGGCGGCACCCGAGCCGGUCUCGGGAGGCGGCGGUGGCUGCCGCGAGGGGUGGCGGGGCCCAAGUAGGUGCCCCUGGCUCAGUCACGGUGUCCCUCUCUCACUGACUCCCCCUCCUUCCACCACGGCCGCGCCGCCCCAGAUCCGGCGGUUUCCUAGGCGGGGCAGCGGACGGGGCGCCUCUCCUCCGGCUGCCGCCGGCCUGAUAAAUGAGGGACUUCGGAUUUGGGGUGCUGCAGACCGCCCCGCUCCGAAGCAGCAGCCCCGGGUCCCUAUUCGGCAGCGGGGCGUACCGUCCCUACGCCACGGGGCCCACCGCGGCCGCCGCCCCGCUGCCCUCCACCACGCCCUUCGGCCCGCUCUCGCCGCCGCCGUUGCCUGUCACCGGCUUCUCGGAGGCCGCCUCCCCCUUCUCUAUCCCCCUAGGCUGCGGCGGCGCGGGCAGCUCAGCUGCCGCCGCUUCCUCUUCCUCCCCGUUCUUGGCGCAUCAGCAGACCAUGCAGGAUGAGCUGCUGCUGGGGCUGACACAGCAGCCGGCGCGGCCGCUCUCGGGGGCGGCGGCCGCGGAGAAACUCCCCAACCACCACCCCGGCGGCGGCACGAACGCGGGUGUGACCCACCUCCUCCCCUCCCAGGACUUCAAACCGAGUCUGCACCACCCCUCCUCCUCCUCCGCCUCCUCCUGCUGCUGCUGCCGCACCUCCUCCCCGCAGGACUUCAGUAAGCGGCAGCAGCAGCAGCUGAGCAGCCAGAAGAGGAAAGAGUUCAGCCCUCCCCAGCUUCCCCACCCUCCGGACUCGAAGCCGCCGCCGCCGCCGCUCCACUGCCCCGGCCGGUUCAGCCCGCCGCCGCCCGGCCCGCUCCUCCAGCCGGCGCAGCUCGCCCAGCGCCAGCAGCCACAGCAGCCGCCGCCGCAGCAGCAGUUCAGCGUACCGCACCCGCAGCACCUCCCGCCGCAGGACUUCGCCCCGCGGCAGCGCCCGGCCGACCUGCCCCCGCUCCCGCAGCUCCAGCCCUCGCCGCCCGCAGCCCCGCGGCGCCGCCACGGAGGCGCGGGCAGCCCUCGCAAGACCCCGGCCGCGGGCGAGGGCAGCGCCGCCGAGCCCCCCAAUGCGGGCUUGGCCCCCUCGACGCCGCCGGUGAACCCCGCGCCGGGCUCCAUGGAGUCCCCCAACCACCCUCUGCUCAACAGUCCCAGUAACCUCCUGCCCGGCGGGGCGCUCGGCGCGGGCGCCUUCAGCAGCCUGCAGAGCCCGGACCUUCCGCACCCGGGCGGCGGCGGGGGCGGGGGGCCCCCGGGAGGCGGAGGGGGAGGCGGCUCCGCGUCGCCGCCGCCACUGCCCGGCUUCGGCACCCCCUGGUCGGUGCAGACCGCGUCGCCGCCGCCCCAGCCCCAGCCCCAGCCGCCGCCGCCGCCCCAGCAGCAGCAGCCGCCUCCGCCCCAGCAGCCGCCGCAGCCGCAGCCGCAGCAGCCCGGCUCCUCGGCCGCCACCCCGGGUGGCGGCGGCGGCGGCGGCGGCGGCGGCGGCUCGCUCAGCGCCAUGCCGCCGCCCAGCCCCGAUUCAGAGAACGGCUUCUACCCCGGGCUGCCGUCGUCUAUGAACCCGGCCUUCUUCCCGAGCUUCUCGCCCGUGUCCCCGCACGGCUGCGCGGGACUCAGCGUGCCGGCGAGCGGCGGCGGCGGCGGCGGCGGCGGCGGCUUCGGCGGCCCCUUCUCGGCGGCCGCGGUGCCCCCGCCGCCGCCGCCCGCCAUGAAUUUACCUCAGCAGCAGCCCCCGCCGCCCGCGGCGCCGCAGCAGCCGCAGAGCCGGAGGUCGCCCGUCAGCCCGCAGCUCCAGCAGCAGCACCAGGCGGCGGCCGCCGCCUUCUUGCAGCAGAGGAACUCCUACAACCACCACCAGCCUCUUCUGAAACAAUCUCCUUGGAGCAACCAUCAGAGCAGUGGCUGGGGCACUGGAAGCGUGUCGUGGGGAGCAAUGCACGGCAGAGACCAUCGUAGAACUGGAAACAUGGGGAUUCCAGGAACUAUGAAUCAGAUAUCUCCAUUGAAGAAACCAUUUUCUGGUAAUGUCAUAGCACCACCGAAAUUUACUCGCUCUACUCCAUCACUGACUCCAAAAUCUUGGAUUGAAGAUAACGUGUUCAGAACCGACAACAAUAGUAAUACACUCUUACCCUUACAGGUGAGAUCUAGUUUGCAGUUACCAGCUUGGGGCUCAGAUUCACUCCAAGAUAGUUGGUGCACUGCAGCCGGAACAUCCAGAAUAGACCAGGAUCGAAGUAGAAUGUAUGACAGUUUGAAUAUGCACUCUUUGGAAAAUUCCCUUAUUGAUAUUAUGAGAGCAGAGCAUGAUCCUCUUAAGGGUCGACUGAGCUAUCCACAUCCAGGAACUGAUAAUCUGUUGAUGUUAAAUGCAAGGAGUUAUGGGCGAAGACGAGGUCGUUCUUCCCUCUUUCCAAUAGAUGAUGGUCUGCUUGAUGAUGGCCAUAAUGAUCAAGUUGGGGUUUUAAAUUCUCCCACAUGCUAUUCUGCUCAUCAAAAUGGAGAACGAAUAGAACGCUUCUCUCGAAAAGUUUUUGUUGGUGGUCUUCCUCCAGAUAUUGAUGAAGAUGAAAUAACUGCUAGCUUCAGAAGAUUUGGGCCUUUGGUAGUAGAUUGGCCUCAUAAAGCAGAAAGCAAGUCCUAUUUUCCACCAAAAGAUGUGCAUGGCCUGCUCGAUGACUUCUUCAUAAUGGAACCAGAUUACAGUUCUCCAGGCUAUGCAUUCCUUCUCUUUCAAGAAGAGAGCUCAGUUCAGGCACUAAUUGAUGCUUGUAUUGAAGAGGAUGGAAAACUCUAUCUCUGUGUUUCCAGCCCCACCAUCAAGGACAAACCAGUUCAGAUCCGCCCUUGGAAUUUAAGUGACAGUGAUUUUGUGAUGGAUGGUUCUCAGCCUUUGGAUCCUCGAAAAACAAUUUUUGUUGGAGGUGUUCCUAGGCCAUUAAGGGCUGUGGAACUUGCUAUGAUCAUGGACCGGCUGUAUGGUGGAGUUUGUUAUGCAGGAAUCGAUACAGAUCCUGAGCUAAAAUACCCAAAAGGUGCUGGUCGAGUUGCUUUCUCCAAUCAGCAGAGCUAUAUUGCUGCCAUCAGUGCUCGGUUCGUUCAACUUCAGCAUGGGGAUAUUGAUAAACGCGUGGAGGUGAAGCCAUAUGUGCUAGAUGACCAGAUGUGUGAUGAAUGCCAGGGCGCGCGCUGCGGUGGAAAAUUUGCUCCCUUUUUCUGUGCCAAUGUCACUUGCCUGCAGUAUUACUGUGAGUUUUGUUGGGCAAAUAUCCACUCUCGCGCAGGACGUGAGUUCCAUAAGCCAUUGGUAAAGGAAGGUGCUGAUCGCCCACGUCAGAUCCACUUCCGCUGGAACUGAGACUAGCACACCGGCCUCCGUGUGACACGGAAAGAAAGGGUGCAUGUGGCUUACUGUGUCUGAAGACGUGACACGCGGAAGAAAUAAGUGCAUUCUUCUGCUUUCCCCCCAGCUACCAGUACAUGCAUCUUGAUCAGCAGCCAAAACACUACAAGCCUCUUGUUUUUCACCAAAACCCUACAUCUCAGGCUUACUAAUUUUUGUGAUAUUUUCAUGUUAAAAUAAAAUGUUUUUUUGUAUUUUC